AUGCGCACUAGAGGCUGCUCGCCGGCCCGCUUCCCUCAGCCCUCGGCUCCUUCCAGGCUUCCGCCACCUCGCCCCGCCCCGCGCAUGCGCAGGGGCAUUUUUCCCGUGGUGCUCUGGGGCGCGGGAGAUUUGUAGGUAAUGGCGGGCACUUGGUCCCUGGAUUGUGGCGGAGGAUCCUCCAUCAGCUGUACCUGUGGCGAUAAGGGCAAGUGGAGUGACUCCUCGCUGUUGAGCAAGCGGCUCUCCGAAGACUCGAACCGCCACCAGCUGCUGCAGAAGUGGGCAAGCAUGUUGAGCUCCACAAACGGGGACGCGUCUGUGGGCAACACAGGGAAGGCGCGGCUCGAGGAGGCGACGGUGGCAGAGGAGAUGCCGCUGGUGUUUCUGUGCUCUGGCUGCCGGCGGCCUCUGGGCGACUCGUUGAGCUGGGUGACCAGCGAGAGGGACACCAACUUCAUCCUGCUGCGCAGUGUUUCUUGUAAUGUUUCUGUGGAUAAGGAACAGAAGCUAUCCACACGUGAAAAGGAAAACGGUUGCAUUCUUCAGACUUUGUACUGCACAGGGUGCUCACUCAAUCUUGGCUACAUAUAUAGAUGCACUCCCAAGCAUCUUGAUUAUAAGAGGGACUUGUUUUGCCUCAGUGUUAAAGCCGUUGAAAGUUAUAUUUUAGGGUCCGCUGAAAAGCAAAUUGUGUCAGAAGAUAAAGAGCUUUUUAAUCUUGAAAGCAGAGUUGAAAUAGAAAAUUCUUUAAAACAGAUGGAAGAUGUCUUGAAAGCAUUACAAAUGCAGCUGUCUGAGGUUGAAGCAAAAUUGCCCUUUGACAGUUACAAAACCUGAACUCUACUCUGUGUCCCUCACUCUGCCCUGUCCCUCUACCCUUAUUUGUUAAAAGAGAAGAAUUGUAGCAUUACUUUUACAGCUGUAUUUUAUGGUGAAGAGGUGAUUAUUUCCCAAAUUCCAAUUUUAAAGCCAUUUUAUGGUACUUUCUGGAAUUAGAAUUAGGAGUUUUUAUUUUGAUAAGAAAGUGGGAUAAUUUUCUGAACUGUUUUCUCCUCUGUAUCAAGUUCAUUAUUCUUCCUUUCCUAUUUUUUAAGAACUUCAAUUUACCUUUAAUACUUGGGACAAUAUUUAAUAUGAAUGAUAAGAAAAUUGUAUAGGUUUUUCUACCCACAGUGUGGUUGAAUCUUGUCUGAAAAUUAAAUGCAUAAAGCUCUUUGGAGAAACUGAUCAGUUGAAUUAUUUGUCAGAACUAUCUGAAAACUUGCACGAGAGCAGAAUAGCACAUAUGUACAGUAGGAUUCCACUUUAUCCUGUUUAUUUACUAGUAUAUGCUUUAAAAAUCUCGAAGAAUACUUAUCAGAGUAGGAGGGAUGGGAAUUCCCUCUGACGGUGGGAUUCUGGGGGAAUUUUUAGUUUUUUAGUUUUAUAUAAUGUAAACUUUUAUAGUGUAUUAUUUUUAUAAUCAGGAGUACA